GGGUCGUAACCAAAAUUGCCGGAAUUAGCCUACUGUUGCUAUCACUCCAUAGCCUCUAGCUAGUCCUCACAACUCCUCAUUCGACAACUGUGUCUAGCCUUCAACUUUUUGAAGCUCAAACAACUACUCCUUCACACUCAUUGCCUUUCUUUUUUUGCUUUUUCUUUUUUCCAAUAAUUAACAUAACAUUAAUUAUUAGGGUAUUUAAGUGUCGAUCGAAAUGGGAAAGUCUACUUGCUUUGCUGCAGCAUCGGGCAUAAAGAGAGGUCCAUGGACUCCUGAAGAAGACAGAAAGCUCUUAGAUUUCAUUCAACUACAUGGCCAUGGAAGCUGGAGCUCCUUGCCCCAAAAAGCUGGUUUGAAAAGAUGCGGGAAGAGCUGUAGGCUAAGGUGGAGAAACUACCUAAGGCCUGAUAUUAAGAGGGGAAAUUUCAGUUUGCACGAAGACCAAACCAUCAUUCAACUCCAUGCACUUCUAGGCAACAGAUGGUCGGCUAUAGCUGCGCACUUACCAAAGAGGACAGACAAUGAGAUCAAGAAUUACUGGAACACACAUCUCAAGAAACGACUGGCCAAGAUAGGGUUUGACCCUGUCACCCACAAGCCCAAGACUGCCAUUCUUGGCUCUGCCAAUGGUGACCCCAAGAAGUUGUCAAAUCUCAGCCACAUUGCUCAGUGGGAAAGUGCCAGGCUCCAAGCGGAAGCCAGGUUGUCCAAAGAGUCUGAACUACACAAAUCAUCAGCUCAUCAGCUACUUCACGAUCAAACGGCGUCACUUACUCAUGAUCAUCUUCACCAUCAGUUUGCCCCACUCGUUCCACAGUGCCUUGACAUUCUAAGGGCAUCAGCUUGGGAAAGCCUGAUAUCAAUGUCGACAAAGUCAUCAAGCUCAGAUGCUGAUGCACCAACCAAUCACAUCAACGGCGGCCAAAAUCACGUUUCUUUUGGUUAUCAUCAUGAUGUUCAUGAGCAUGGCGUUAAUAUCAUAAGUAAUUUUGAGGGUCCAACAUCGGAUCAUCAGUUCUCAAGCAUGACGGAAUGUGAUGAUUCACGGGCCAUGUCAUCAAUGACGACUGGAUCGCUGGGUUUGAAUGAGCUUAUAGGCCAAUAUUGCGGGAACGAAUGCAGUGAAUUAUUCGAGGCACUCCAGCAAUAUAUGGGGUUUGAAGUUGAGGUCGGGGAUGCUUGGACUAGUUUGGAACAAUUAUUGUGAUAUAUAAUGAUGGGCAUCAAAUCAUGACAGGCAUUUCAUGAUGAAAAUGUGAUGGAGCUAGAGAGAGAGAGAGAGAGGUUAACAAACGUACGUAAGUAUAUAUCUAUCUAUCUAUGGUAGUUUUGAUGAAUGAAUCUCCACCACCUGCAUAUAUUAAUAUAAAUAAUUAGCAGAGUUGGUGGUGGUUUAUUUGGGGUUUAUGAAGUAUUAUGAAUUGUGGACCAUCGAAACUAAUCAUGAAAAAAUUUGCUCUCCAGUUGAACUUCUAA